AUGGCUUUAAAGUUUCGUACAGAAAGGCAUGGUUCAUUUUAUCAUAUUCAAACAAAUGAUUUUUAUGUGGAACAAGGCUUAGUUCCUGGGAAAAAGGUGUUUCAUCGCAUAUUUUGGACGUUUAGACAAUGUUGUGAGGCGUUCAAGUUUGCCAAACCAGUCAUCCAGAUUGAUGGCACGCAUUUAUAUGAGAAGUACAAAGGCAAAUUGUUGGUGGCCACAGCCCAAGAUAGAAAUGAUGAAUGUUUACUGAUUGCUUUUGCCAUCGUAGAAGGUGAAAGAUUGGAAGCCUGGGAGGACUAUUUCCUUGUUAAUAUACGUGCUCAUGUUACUGAGAUGUCAAAUAUAUGCCUCAUCUCCGAUCGUCAUUGUAGCAUAAUAUCUGUUGUGGAGAAUAACCGUAAUUGGUUAACCAAACGCAUAUCACGUUAUACUCCGGCAAUGGUUGACUUUGAAAUAGGGCUUGCCAGAUUUCGGGAAACUAGUCCUCAGAUUGCUGAGUGGAUUGAUGCCAUCCCUAAAGAAAAGUGGUCGCGUGCAUACGAUGUUGAAGGUCGUAGGUACGGACAUAUGACAACAAACUUGGCAGAAUCUGUUAACAGGGUGUUGAAAGGGGCCAGAAAUAUGCCCAUAACUACUUUGAUUAAGCACACAUAUAGCAGAUUGGUUCAUUAUUUUGUUACGAGAAGUACAUCUGCUGCUGCGCAACUUCAAUUUGCUCAUCGUCAUUGCAAAAAUGUUGUUGAAUUGGUCAAGAAGAAUGAAAUACUAGCAACAGGCCACCAUGUCCGUGCAUAUAACGUGGAACACACAGUUUUCGAGGUUGGCCCUGGUUGGGAUCGUUCCUAUUCUGUCAAUCUCCCACAGAGGUUCUGUCAAUGUGGAAAGUUUAAGGCUUUAAAAUAUCUGUGUAGUCACGCCGCUGCUGCUGCUUUAAGUGUGCGACAAAAUCCUUUGCAGUACGUGGAUGAUGUUUUCUUGACAACUAACUUGGUCGAGGCUUAUUCGUAUCCGUUGCAGCCAAUUGGUAAUGAGGAAGCAAUACCACCAAGUACAGGUCCACAACUUAUUCCUGACUCCACCAUGUUGCGUGCAAAAGGCCGUCCAAAAUCCACUCGCACCCGUAAUGAGAUGGAUGAACUUGAGACAAGUCAAAGCCGUAUCAGGUGUGGAAUUUGCAAGGAACGCAAACAUAAUCGCAUAACAUGUCCAAAUCGUGGCGCAAACAAUUAG